AUGUCGUUCACUGAUAUAGCAAACAGCGUGACAGACCACUUGAGCCGCUUGACAUCGAAAUCUCAACUGCUAGAGCCUCAUCUCAAAUCAUACCAUGAGGUCUGGGCCGAGGAAGCUGAGAAAGUGGGAAAAGCCUUGCGGGAGAGCUUCGAAAGUCUGGAGACCCCUGUCCAGAGAUUGAGAGCUGCGGCACGUAAAGACUAUUCCCAGGCAAUCAAGCGACUCAAGAAGAACAUCCGGGCCGGGUUCAAGACCAGAUACCCCGGCGUUCAAUUGCCACACGAUAUGGAGAAGCAUUUGCACAUACAUUGGAUAGAGAGGCCGCUCACUGACAUGCUCACCCCGUGGGAUGAACCGCCCGUCGUACGCGAACUUGUCAUCGAGCAGCGGAAGCACUAUUUCUCAGGAAUACACGACGCAUACCGGGUCAUUGCAGUGGUAUACCACAAUCAUACGGAGGACUUUUGGUCCCAUGACAAAAGCUCUUCGAACUACCACUGUCAGAAAUGGUUGAACGGGUUGGAUCUCAGCAAUGUCUCCGAAGCUCGUAGCCAAGCGUCCGUUGGCCCCCUAGAUUCGAUCGGGGUCCUUCAUGAUUCGACCGUGCCUGAACACUCAGUAGCAGUCAACCAAAGCGCGGAUGUCCCUACGUCGGAGCUGGAACCAGCUACUAGCUCGUCGAUCUCGUCGAUCUCGCCGUAGGCUUUGUUGAAAUAUGAGAAGAUCCUGCUCCACAAUCUGUGUUGGCAAUGUUAGAUAUUGAGCAUUUGUGAGAUUUCAGUUCUCUCAGUGAAUUAGCGCUUCUUAGUUCUCGGCUUAUGCUUCACUGAGCCAUUCUUGCAAUUCGCGCUUACGCUCCGU